UUCGGCGACGCAAGAAGCCGCAGAUUGGAAAGAGAGACCCGAGGGCCGGGGUCAAGCGCUGUGCAACGGGGCCCUCGACAUUCGGGGAAUGCGUGCAGGAUGCGUGGAAGUCACCAUGCCCGCCACGCUCAUCUCGUUCAGAUGCUGCAGGUCAGCAUGUACUCAGAUAUCGCGAGCCCGAGUCAGUGGUGACUGUGGAAGCACGACUGCACGACGUGACGAAUGGUGUGGUGGCGGGCCCGGCGCGGUGGUCGUGGGUGAGACAAUGGCUUUGUACGAGACUGUACUACAUUGUGCAAAUUUUUAAUUUAGGAGAGAGGUGGCAGAGAUGCAUGAUUAUCUAGAGGCGUUCCUCGAAGAGGUGAGCCACGGUAGAGUGAGAUAGUACCUAGCUAC